UAAGGUGCAAAAGAAACGUUGCAGUAGUACUACUCAUGGAGAAGAGAGGUACUGGCGUUACUACUACUACUAUACAUGAAUCUGCAGCAUUACUAUGCGGUACAAAUUUGUACGUUAAAAGGCCAAAAGAAGAUGUUGAUGAUGAACUACUUAGGGCGGUUAAUGGUGAUCUCAGCUAUGAUAUCGACUCUGCCCCGCUAGUCUCAGCCGGAAUUGAUGAUGAACACGAUGAAGAACCUGUGGAUGAUCUUGUAAAUCAUCCUGAGAUUCCUGGAUGGUUUUCUGAGUAUUGUCCAGUUUGGCCAGGGCAAGCACACUUUUUGAAGGUAGAAAAGAUCUUAUUUCAAGGGAAGUCCCAGUACCAAAGUAUGAUGGUAUUUCAGUCAUCAGCAUAUGGGAAGGUUUUUGUUCUGGAUGGAGCCCUGCAACUCACUGAAAAGGAUGAGUGUGCUUACCAAGAAAUGAUUACACAUCUUCCUCUUUGCUCCAUUCCAAACCCAAAAAAGGUAUUACUCAUUGGAGGAGGAGAUGGCGGAAUUUUAAGGGAAAUUUCUCGACACUCUUCUGUUGAGCAGAUUGAUAUAUGCGAAAUAGACACCAUGUUAGUUGAUAUCUACAAGAAAUUUUUUCCUGAUGUUGCUAUUGGAUACAAGGACCCUCGGGUAACUCUUCAUGUUAAAGAUGGUACUGAAUUUUGUAAGUACGUUCCACAAGGAACGUAUGAUGCAAUAAUAGUGGACGCAUUUGACCCAAUAAGGCCUGGUCAUGAGCUUCUUGAUGAUGAGACUCCCUUCUUUGAACUGGUGAGAAAAGCUCUCCGCCCUGGAGGAGUCAUGUGCAUCCAAGCAGAAAGCAUAUGGUUUCGCUCCUUCCAGGUUGAUGAACUCGUUGCAAAAUGUCGCCAAAUUUUCGAAGGCUCUGUUGACUAUGCUUGGACAAUUGUUCCAGCAUAUCCAAGUGGGGUGAUUGGUUUCUUGCUUUGCUCCAAGGAGGGGUCAUACGUGAACUUCAGAAAUCCUAUCAACCCGAUUAACCCCAACAAUAGUUACGGAGUAUCAAAAGAGCCCUUGAAAUUUUACAAUUCAGAGGUACACAUGGCUGCAUUUUGUUUGCCAUCGUUUGCGAAGAAGGUGACUAACUAAGUAAUGGCUAGUACGAUCUAUAUAAAGUGGAUAGCACACUAUGGUGAAUGAUAAUCAUGUUGCAGCUAGCUGAGGCAGAGUUGUGAAUAUUGAAGAAGAAGUCGACGAUAUUGAUUAUUAGAAUUGUUUGCCAUAUAUACCACACACAUACCUCGGCAAAAUCUAUCCCCACCCCAAACAUCAUCAUUGUGUAUUGUGUUGUCAUUUCUAUUUCCAAAAUGGUUUCUUAUUGUUUUCAAUGAUUUGCUAGUGGAACUAUAUUAUGUUGUAUAAUUGG